AUGCUCACAUUCGAGCUCCGAAUUGGCAAGCAGUCGGUCUGCGAGCCUGGCGCCAAGAUGUCAGCGAUAAAGACCCUGGAGCUGCAUCUCAGCGCAGAAGAAGAGGAGGCAUUCCACGAGGCAGUCGAGGGCGUGAGUGCAGGGAAGGGUGAGCGGUAUCGAGCUGCGAGGCCUCAGCGAGGGCUUUGUGACAAUGUGAUCUCGCCGAAGGACGGUGCAAGUGACCAGCAGCUCCAGUCACCUACGACCCAAGGACAAAAACAGCAGCAGAACGCGCAAGCAUUCAAGGCAAGAAUGAGAACACACCAUCGCAAAAGCAGGACGGAAAGACCUGUCUCCUUUGCCCAAAACUUCCUCAACACGAUGGGCAGCGGUCAGCGUUUGGAGAAGGCCAUCAGUCGGGAGAAUAUGGACGAGCUGGAGCGGAAGCCCCCCUCGGGCAAAGGAAAAAAGGAUUGCGGAGCCUCGCGCGCCUACCAAGAAGGCGACGGCGACUCUCCACGCCCGGUCACGCUCACCACGCCCGGCCACGCCCAUCACGCCUGGCCACGCCCGGUCACCACGCCCAGCCACGCCCACUACGCCCAGCCACGCCCACUACGCCCACCACGCCCAGCCACGCCCACCUACGCCCACCACAGAAACCAGAUCCGAAAUCUGCUGAAGACACAACAAAGAUUUCGCCACCAAGUCUCGCAGGAGGUCCGCGAGGCUCUAGAGUUUGGGCCUGUCAAAAACGGCUUCACGCCACUCCGCCACAACCACAUUCCGCAACGCCGUACUGAAAUCGCUCGCAUGAAGAUGGUCAUCGGACCCGACAAGACCCUUGGAAGCAGCGAUGCACCAGACCAAUUUUGCCAGCGAUUCUUCACCCUUAUAGGCAAAUACGUACAGCCGACUCACACGGCAAUCACUGGCGUGAUCGUAGAAAUCGCCGAUCUGGCUCAUCAAGCAGAGCAUUACGGAAGUCGCUCAGCGCGCACGCCAGCUGACAACAUCCCUAUGAAGCCACUCCGUCUUACCUAUGCUGUUGUUGAUGACGGAGACUCUAUUCAAGACACUCCAACUCCAACACACGCCAUUGCAGCGCAAUAA